GAACCAUUGCCGUCAUGAUAUAUGGAUAUAUUUAAAAUGUUUAUCAACAAGGUUAUUGACCGUUGCAUAGGAGGAUUAAAUGAUUUACAUUAUACUUAAUGAUAUAUUAUGUGAUUUAGUUAACGUAUGUCUAUAUCAAAAAUGUUUUAUAUCAAUUUAUGACAGAAAUAUAACGCCAACUGAUAUGAAAAGGUUACCUGACCUGUUAGUAGGGAUUUUUAUACUUUUUGGAAUCCUUGCACGAGGAUUAUGUUUGCAAUGUUGGAAGUGUAUUUCGGAUGACUGUGAUACGGAUCCUAAACUUAAUAUACAUGCAGUAAAAGUAGAAUGUAAAUAUGGAGAACAAUGUAUGAAGGUACGUUAUAAGAUGUUUGACAAUGUUACACAUUAUGAUACUGUUAUACGAACAUGUACGCAAAAUAAAUGUAUAACUUCAUCACGUGACGAGUUUCUCAAAUGUCUAUCAACACCAAGACUAUAUAUGAUUGAUGGAUGCUCUUUACGUUCAUGUUGUAGAGACAGAGACUUGUGUAACUCAGGAUGGAGUCCAUCUUUGAUGCCAUUAAUCUGUGUGACUUUAGUUGUGCUUCAUUCAUUACCAUUGAUAUAAUAUGAAACAGUGUUAGGAUUUAUUUGUUUUUACGCUGAUCCAUAAUUCAUUAUCAUUAAAUACUCUUUACUAACAAACUUUUUUGCAUAAAACAUCAAUUUUAACAUAUUAUUGGCUACCAAUUGUUCAAAUAGACUUAUCAAUUAAAUUGAU